CCCAGCUGUCUGUGACACCACAUAUCGUAUGAACUUACUCUUUGGGGUUUUGUAUAAUGUAAGUCGACUCUGUGUAAGUGAAUAUUGGAAGUGUGUAUAUGAAAUGUGGGCAGUAGACAUGCUGGAACAGCAAGCACUGGAUUACAUCUUCACAUCCUCUGUUUUAUGUCUUAUACGAGCUACCAACAUAAUCACAUUGAUCCUAGUCUCUAAGUGGAGUUUCUCUACCGCCUAAGGAGGAGUAGAUUUUUAAAUGUUAAAUAGUUAAGACCUGUCAGAGGAUUUGGUAUCUCCCUGUUGUUCGAGCUUGUCAUUGAUGAUGGCUGACUCUCCUGAUCCCCUUAUAGCAUAAUGAACGUGACGACCUCCCUAUUGAGAAUGACAUUUCUUCACAUGCAUCUGAAAUGUCAUCCGAUAAUGCCGCUAUGUCGAGAUUUGGCAGCCAAGAGUCCUUCGCCCACUAAAUAGCGACGGUGAAUACCUAGUUAAGUUCAUUCCAUGCUCUAUCAUUCCUCAAUAAUUAGUGUACAUCUCGAAUAGGGCAUUGGCCUCUAGCAACAAGUUAGCGUACCCACCGACAUGGCAUUCGCGUGGUAGCUUCGACAGAGUCUCGUUAUCCGAGGGCAUGAGCUCAGACGUCUUCCUACGCUAACGAUUUGUCGUCAUGAAUCACCCUGUGAACAAUCAUGCACUACCGACAUGAUGGCACGCAUAAGGUUCCGACCACCGACCACCGACUACGUGGUAGGCACGCAACUCCGCGCUUCCGAUACCUCCCCAAUCCUGUCUCCUCCUCGGAGCUUCCGAUAUGCUCGAACCACAUUGAAUUCACAUAAUCUGUUAGACACUCACUGUGGCGUCUGUCAAUAGACUUCCCCGGUGCCAAGAAAAGGUUCAGGGGAUCGCGGGACGGACUGGAGGGUAGUGUACCAAGCAUACAUCCACAGAUCAGAGUCUCCAAUUAAUUCUUCUGAACAUUUCUAUUCGUGGAUUUGCCUAUAGUGCGCAACCCUCGCGGCUCUCUUGACCCUGUGACAUGGCGACGUGUAACUUGUCAAAGCCCAAAAGAAAGCCUACAACACUCUGAGUACCGUUGCCAUGGAUGGUUCCUGCAUGAUAACUCUGGAUCUCAAGGUGUAUGGGAGUAUGAGCAUUGGCCCCUGCACAAAGAUGACAUUCGCAUGUUUCUGGUGCUUUGAAACAAGUGGGGAGUCGUAUGAUAACCUACAUAACAUGCACUACCAAUCCUUCUGAUUUGUACAACUUCUAGGAAUCUAUCGUGUCUGCCGCUACUACAAUAUGACAGCUCUGGUGGUACACAUGUAGCUCAUGAACUCGAACUUGCCGACAUUGGGAAGAAAACUGUGCAUAGUAAGCUGACCGUGGCCACAAGGAUUUAUUGGUUUAUCCCCAAACCUUCUUGAGCAUUGCCAGCAUCGCACGGCAGUUGUAACCGCUGUAGCGCGUGUGUCAAAAGACAGGCGCUAGACAAGCCACAGAUCCUUCGUGUACGUUCACUACUCGUAUAGCGAGCACCAAGUAUACCAUGUUUUGACGCCGGCAGUAGACUACUUACCCGAGAUGCCGAGGCGCAGCCAUUGGACCUUCCGACCCCGACCCGCGACCCCGUCCAAACCUUAAAUCGUCUCUUCCCGCCCCCAGGCGAUUGUUAGUACACGCGGUGCAUGACUCGGAGCCCUGCAACGGAGAACAGUCGAGGCCUCUCUUUUGGAGAAGCUGUUUUGCCGACGUGCGUGAGGAGGUUCCACUUUUCCUCCUGCGCAAGAACACUGGGCCGAUAGUUUUCUGAAACCUUCUGGAACUGACACAGCAAUGUUACUUCUUGAGGUGGGUGGGUGACAUGAACUCGCUGGGGGUUUAUUUUUACAUGGAGCAGCUUGAACUCUGAGAGUCAGUGACCGAUGUGAU